UCCCGCGACAGCAACAAUCGACUCGACACGACGACGGAUUUCGUCUUGAUCGUUUUCGGCUCGUUCGUAGUACAACUCAGUACAUUUGAUUACGUUUCACAUGAUAGAAAUUACAAAAUAUACGGAAACCGAACAUUAUAUCAUAGGAAUUGUGACUUAAUACAAUUUUUGUGCCAAAAUGGGAAAAGCUAAAAAGGGUAAGAAGAACCCCAGUGCGGAUGAUGGCGACAGUGACGUUGAAACGACGACCAUUGACCAUGCGAAACCGGCUUCGAAGGGGAAAAAAAUCAUUCAAGAGUCUGAUGACAGCGACAAUGAGAAACCAAAAUCAAAGGCUAAAUCUAAAAAGUCAGUUGAUGAAGAUAUUAAGGAAGUCACAAAAACUAUAAAAAAUGUAUCUAUUACAAAUAAGUCUCAAAAGAAAAAGGAGAAUGCUAGCAGUGAAGAUGAUUCAGAUGAUGAACCACAGCAAAAGCCAAAGAAAAAUAAAAAGAAAGAAGAGAAGAAAAGUGCAUUUGCUCUCUUAGAAAUAGAAGAUGCUGAUAUCUCACCACCUGAAGCACCUCCAUCUUCAGAUGAUGAAACACCUGUACAAAAAUCACAAAAGAAAUCAGCACAAGAUAAAAAAGAAUCUACAAAAAAAGGCAAAAAGCAGAAAAGAAAGAAGGAUGAUAGUGAUGAAGAUAUUGAGAAGGUUCUUGCUGAGCUUGAAAUGGAAUAUUCUGGAGUUAAGAAAGAACCAACACCUGCUCCAGAACCUGAGAAGACUGAAGAAAAAGUAGAUGAAAAAUCCAAAUCAAAAAAGAAAGGCAAAAAGGAGGAACCUAAAACAGAAGUUGAAAAACCAGCUGAUGAAAAUGAAGGUAGUGACAAUGAAAAUGAUAUCACUAUUAAAACAGCAGCCCAGAAGAAAAAGGAAAAAAAAGAAAGAGAAAAGCAGAAAAAACUAGAAGCUAAGAAAAAGGAGAAGGAACAAGAGAAUAAAAAGGAACCUGGUGAGCCCAAACAGGCUGCCAAGGCUCCAGAGAAAGAAGAAAGUAAAGCAAGUGAGGAAGCUAAAACUGAUAAAGAGCCGUCAGAAGAAAAAGAGGGCGAAGGAGAUGGCACAGCUGCAGAAGGGAAGAGUAAAAAGAAGAAAAAGGGCGAUAAAGCUGAAAAGGAAGAUAAAUCCAAGAAAGGAGGUCCCACUAAGAAAACGAUUGCAGCGAUGCAGGAAGCUCUUAAAAAGGCGAAAGAAGAAGAGGAACGUUUGAAGAGAGAAGAAGAGGAGAGGGAAAGGCAAGAGGAAGAACGGGAACGGCAAAGAUUAGAAGCUAUUAGAUUAGAGAAGGAAAAGAAAGAAAGGAAGAAGCAAAAGGAAAAGGAGAGAAAAGAAAGACUUAAAGCUGAGGGAAAGCUACUGACGCCUAAACAAAAAGCUGACAAAGCUCGAGCUCAAGCAUUGCUGGAAUCUUUAAAAGCUCAGGGAGUUGAAAUUGGGUCUGCUGAGAAGAAGCCACCGAGGCUUGGUACUAGAGUGAAGCCUCAAAAACUCAAGUCUCAAAUGUCCCAGGAGGCUCCUGCAACUCCUUCUGAAGAGAAGAAAAUUGAAUUGGAAAUAGUUGACAAAAAGGAUGAUUCACCAAAGCCAGAAGACAAGAAGGCAGAGUCUGACAAUGACUCUGUGAAGGAUGCUUGGGAUGCAGAGUCCUCUGAAGAUGAAGUAGAGCCUGCGAAACUUGAGCCAAUUGUGGAAACUCCACUCAAGAGUCAGGCCAAGAAACCGGAGACAGAAAAGGUUAAAGAGAAGGAGGAAGAAGAUGAAAGUUCUUCAGAGGAAGAGGAAGAUAGUUCAGAAGGUGAAAGCAGUUCGGAGGAAGACUCUGAAGAUGAUCAGAUGACUGAUGUGCAGAAGAAGAGGGAAGCCAUCCUGAAGAGAUUGGAGAAACGUCGCGAAGAAAAUGAGGCUAACAAAGUGAACAAUCCUCUCCGCGCGGCGGUGGUGUGCGUCCUCGGCCACGUCGAUACCGGCAAGACCAAGAUCCUGGACAAACUGCGGAGAACCAACGUCCAGGACGGGGAAGCUGGUGGUAUCACCCAGCAGAUCGGUGCCACUAAUGUCCCCAUCGAGAAUAUCAAGGAGCAGACGAGACAUGUCAAGGGGGUGAAUGAAAUAGCAUUCAAGUUACCAGGUUUACUGAUCAUCGACACUCCUGGGCACGAGUCUUUCAGCAAUUUGAGGAGUAGAGGUUCUUCGCUAUGCGAUAUUGCAAUCUUGGUAGUCGACAUUAUGCACGGUCUUGAACCACAAACAAUCGAGUCUAUCAACCUGUUGAAACAGAAGAAGACUCCUUUCAUUGUCGCGCUGAACAAAAUCGAUCGAUUGUAUGACUGGCAAAGCGCGCAACGCAAAGAUGUGCGGGAUAUAUUGAGGUUGCAGCAGCAAAACACUCAGUUAGAGUUUGAGAAGAGGAGCAAAGAUGUCAUGCUGCAAUUUGCUGAGCAGGGCCUGAACGCCGCCCUGUUCUACGAGAACCCGGACGCGCGCACGUACGUGUCGCUGGUGCCCACGUCGGCGGUGACGGGCGAGGGCAUGGGCAACCUGCUGGCGCUCAUCGUGCAGGCCUGCGAGGGCCCGCUGCACCGCCGGCUCGUGUUCUCGCAACAACUGCAGGCCACUGUACUCGAGGUCAAAGCCAUCCCCGGAUUGGGCACGACCAUAGACACGAUCCUGAUCAACGGAACCCUGCGCGAGGGGGAUACCAUAGUGCUGGCUGGAACUGACGGGCCCAUCGUGACGCAGAUCCGCUCGCUGCUCAUGCCGCAGCCCAUGAAGGAGCUCCGAGUCAAGAACGCAUACAUAGAGCACAAAGAAGUGAUUGCCGCUCAAGGAGUUAAAAUCGCGGCUAAAGAAUUGGAGAAAGCUAUUGCCGGACUGAAUUUGCUUGUUGCGCAGAAGCCGGAUGAAAUCGACGUCUUGAAAGAGGAGGUGGCCCGAGAAUUGAAGUCUGCACUCUCUAGUAUCAAGUUGUCGGAGCGAGGCGUGUACGUUCAGGCCUCCACCCUUGGCUCACUCGAAGCCCUACUGGAGUUCCUUAGGACAAGCAAGAUACCGUACUCGGCAAUCAGGAUAGGUCCAGUGGUGAAGCGUGACGUCAUGAAAGCGUCCGCCAUGUUGGAACACGACUCACAAUACGCCACCAUACUUGCUUUCGAUGUCAAGAUCGAGCGCGAUGCACAAGAAAUGGCCGACAACUUAGGUGUGAAAAUUUUCGCGGCCGACAUAAUUUACCACCUGUUUGACAAGUUUACCGCUUACCGUGAAGAAUUACGGCAGAGGAAGAGAGAGGAGUUCAAACAUAUAGCUGUGUUCCCGUGCAAGCUUAAGGUGCUGCCACAAUUCGUGUUCAAUUCUCGUGAUCCGAUCGUGGCCGGCGUCAUGGUGGAAGCGGGCAUCCUCAAGGAAGGAACUCCCAUAUGUGUGCCAAGCAAAGAGUUCGUGGAGUUGGGAAUAGUGACAUCAAUUGAGGUCAACCACAAACAAGUGGAAACGGCACGCAAGGGCCAGGAGGUCUGCAUCAAGAUCGAGCCGAUACCGGGCGAGUCGCCCAAGAUGUUCGGCAGACAUUUCGACGAGACUGAUAUGCUAGUCAGCAAGAUUUCGCGAGCCAGUAUCGACGCUUGCAAAGACUACUUCCGCGACGACCUCAUCAAGACGGAUUGGCAGCUCAUGGUGGAACUCAAGAAGCUCUUCCAAAUCCUGUAACCCACCGAAUGUCUACAAGUCAACAUGCCCGCGAUUCUACGGUGGGAAUAGUCCCAUCCCUAUCUCUAGUUUGUCUGUUCCAUCUACUCGAGACGUAACACAAGUCCGUAUCAUAGAAUCUCAUGGUAUCCAAUCCAUCACAGUGUGUCAUAAAUGUAUAUCCUAUAGUCAUAGGUUAAAACUAAUACGUCAGUAAUGUUCUGUGCUGUUAUUUUUUUAUAUACUGCCAUGUGUUGAGAUUUUAUUAUUUUACCGAAUUGAUAAUUUGCAAUAUUCUAUGAUGAGAGACACGUUGUAAAUAGUAUUAUACACAUUUAUUUAUUUUUUUGUGCAAAGCGUCUCAUUGUCAACCUUGGGUAUCUUUGUUUGGACCUAACUUUUGGCUCGUGGUUAGAGAAACUGUAAUAAAAAUGCCAUUAGGUAUAACGUGGUUCAGCCGUUUGCCUUUAUUCCCAAAUUCAUUUGUAAAUAUUCAUGGGUCACAGAAAAUUUCGUGUGUAAAUAACAGGUUAAUAAAACUAGGUUGUUUAAUCACCGUGGCAUGUCUUCGUAUUACAUAAAUAAACUAUGUACUGUACUUACAAGUAGGUAUGUGUAGUGCAAUAAACGAUCUCGUCGAUAUUUGAGUGUAUUCGUAGGGCAAUACCCGUUUUCUACGGUGCUGCUAAUGUAGAUGAAAUACGCCAAUAUGUUUAUUCAUCGAUGUUUAGAAUUUAUAAAUUUUAUUACGCUGGCGUGGCAUCGGAGGCAGAGUGGUCAGCCCAUAUUAUAUUAUAAAAUGAAUGGGUCGUAUUCCAAAGUGAGAACUAAAGCUGAUUUUAUUAUCUUUUGAUUCUUAUUUAUUUUUAUAAUACAUAAUAAAAUUAUCUUUUAACUUACAUAAUCAUUUUUAAUCAAAUCUGUCAGCAAGUUAAAAAACAUCUUUUUGUUUUAAUCAUGUAUACUUUGAUAUAUUUUGCGUUGUGAAACACUACGACCAUAAUAUCUAAGUAUAUAUGUAAUUAAGUUAUUGCACCCUUCUUCAUAUAUCCUAGUUAUCUUCUCGCGGUUCUCACUUGGGUAAUGAGUAUUUUAUACGAAAACAAAAAAAUAUUUUAUAAAAUGGGAAAGGCGCUUUGGGGAGGUCGUGUAUUGUACGAAGUAAAGCUCCAUUGUACAGGCCGCAGGAGCGCUGUGAGUGAGAAAUGCAGGGCUACAGUCCAUAUUGAAGGUACAGAAGGUUGUAUUUUAUAUGUAGUGUAGGUAUUUUCCCUUUUUGAAAUGCUUUGUAUUAUAAAGAUGGAAUCGGACAUAUUCUUAUAUUGAAGAAAUUUUAUUAAACUUCUAAAUACA